ACCGGCGACGCAGAGGAGAAGAGUAAGCACCGAGCGGGGACGGCCAGAAGCCGUGCCAACCGUCCGGCGUUACGGACAACCCGUCGCUUCGCGGAAGAAUCAGCUACGCGCCGCGCUGAGUCGCUCUCGCUGCCGUCUUUAUUUUUUUCUCGAAGUGAUGCUAACGAGCGAGCUCUAGGGAAAGAAGAACAACAAAGCUACCUGUCGCGCAAUGCCAGCCGCCGCGGCUGCUGAUAUUGCGAUGGACGGCGGAAUUUCCACGCUAGCCGCUGCCAGCACGGCGGCCUUCUCUUUCGAAGACCUCUCCCUGGACGAACUGGGAACAGACCUGGACUCGCUCUUCUCCAGCGACAGCGUGCAGGAUGACGACAGCGCCUCGACGUCCACCACCUGCCACCAAACAAACGUCGGUACGGACGCCGCGUUGAUGCAGCUUCCCGAAUUCGGCAUCUUCGCCGAGCCGUGCUACCCGCUCUUCUGCACCGAGCAGUCUAACGCCCAGGCGGUGUGGACUGCCACGGGCCACGACUACCACCAGAAGCCGGCGGACUUCAGCCCGGACUCGGGCUACGAGGACGCCGCCUCGCCCACGUCUUCGUCGCCGACUCCAGAAGGGUGCCUCGAGGUCGACUGGUCCGACGAGUACCCCACCGACGGUCUCGACGACUUCGUCGUGCUCGGCGUCGGCCUCAAGACGCUCAUGUCCAGUCUCAGCGAAGGUGAAUCGUUCUGCUUCAACUCGUUUUCGUCUUCCGCGUCUAGUCCCGCGCUGCCCGUACCUCAGCCGCAGCCAGCACCUCCGCCGCCUCCUCUGAUGCGAAGGCCCAACCAGAGCUGGCUACCGCAGCGGCAACGAGCUACGGGUUCCGGGCGCAAGUCAAAGGCCGCGUCUUCCAACGGCGCGACGCCGCGGAGGCAGGCCAACCGAGCACCGCAGCCACCGGUUCCCGUCGCAGUCAGCGAGGAAGAGAAGGUAUUCUGCUGCUCGUACCCGGGCUGCAGCAAGGUGUACUCCAAGAGUUCGCACCUGAAGGCCCACCUGCGGCGGCACACGGGCGAGAAGCCAUUCGCGUGCCAGUGGCCCGGAUGCGGCUGGCGCUUCUCGCGCUCCGACGAACUGGCGCGUCACAAGCGCUCGCAUUCGGGCAUCAAGCCGUACCGCUGCCAGAUCUGUGACAAGCGCUUCUCUCGCUCCGACCACCUCGCCAAGCACCUCAAAGUUCACCGCAGGGACAAGGUGAACGCGGGACCACUGACCGCCGGCCGGUCACGGACAUCUGCCAUCGCUCGCGCCUGACCCUCCCUCCUCUCAUCGCCCCAUUGUCACCGUUACCUGACGUUAAUACUCUUGGACCUGAAGUGAGGACGCGGCCGAGCCGCGCGUCUCUACCGUAUAGUCGUCUUCGUUGCCAUUCGUGCCCAGUGCCAAUCUCAGGACCUCCAUUAUUUGCGUGGCGGAUUCCCGCUGGAUAGAAGACGGGUGCGCUAUGUGGUGGUGCUGCCGUUACGAACCCACGAACCAUAUUUGUUCCUUCUUUCUUCGAGACUCCCCGCUCGUCCCAAAGGGACGCGCGGACGUGUCUAAUAAAAGCGCCGUUCAUAUUUUUUCCUUCUGCA